UCAGUACUUAAGCUCGGGCCAGCAGCGUCGCACCGGCGGGCUAGCUUCUCAUCGGAUCCGAUCGGGUGUGCAAAUCAUACAUAUAAACAUAUGUGUUUGAAAGCACGCCAUCCCAAAACGAAACGCGAUCUGAUGAACAUGAAAACUUUUUGUUUAUGGAUAGUUCCAGUGCUGAUCCUGCUGCAGCUGGGAAUCGAGCAAGUGGAGUCCAAAAAAUAUCAGCGCUGCGAACUCACAAGAGUUUUGGUGGAGAACUACAACUUCGACAAGACCUUCAUUUCCAACUGGAUCUGUUUGGUGGAGCACGAAAGUUACUUGGACACCACCAAAGUAACGAAAAAGGGAAACGAAAGCAAGAACUAUGGCCUCUUUCAGAUCAACAGCAAGGAUUAUUGCAGCGAAGGACGAAAAGGAGGGCAGUGCAAUAUGAAAUGUGAAGACUUCUCCAAUGACGACAUCAGUGACGACAUCGCCUGCGCCAGAAUGAUCCAGGAACGCGAGGGCUUCAAAUACUGGAAGGGCUGGGAUCGCUUCUGCCGCAAUCCACAGAAUCUGCCCAAUCUCCGCGUGGCCUGCAACCUGCGUAGCCUGUCUCCAGUGCGAUCACCUCGUGGAUUCUUAACGGGCUGAACAGCUAUGUGCUAUAUGCUACUUGAACAUCUAUCUUAAAGAUACAUACUACAUAUGUGUACGUGUACAUAAAUGCUUUUGCAUAAUUGCUUGGUCGGAGUUGCAUUUCUUGGCUGAUGCCCACACAGGGAUCGCGAAUCGGAGACUGAGGGCUGCCAAGUGGGCGACCUGGCACUUUGUUUGGGCGUUGCGAUCUUGAUGCCACUUUCCAAUGACAUCUGCAACUGCAACUGGGUGGUAAUUGAUAGUCCACAGAGCUGCAGCGCAACAGACUGCAAACCGAGACCCAUUCAAAGUCAAUCAUAGCAAGCUGGGUUCUUGCCACCGCCACCACGACGAACAAUAUCAUUUUGCAUUUCCGCUCGACAAAAGGCGGCGUUUCCGUUUCUGGCCAACAAUGGCCAAACGCACCGCAGGGCAUCACCAUCGGAUCAUUCAGGGAACCGUGCAAAGCCCCGGGGCAAACAAUAACAGGUGGAGGCUCAAAAAUCAGAGCGUAACUUUGUACUACAAUGGCCAAAACAUAAGCAGAGGAAACACUGGAUCGCCGGUUCCAUUAGAAUGCGUUUUGCAUAUGUACGUGGUCAACAUAAAUCCGAGCUUUGCCGCUUAAAUCGCACACCGAAAAGAAAUAAUCAGGAUAUGUGAAAAUAAAUGG